CCCUGCUCAACAGUGCAAUUGACAGUUCGACACACGAAUGUCAACCGAAAAUGGCAAAUGUUUUAAUACGGUUUAGUUAUUUAACAAAAAAUCAAAUCGGUGCAUUGGGUCCUAUUUCUUGCAGUCAUGUGCAGCAUUACUCAACACCACCCCCAGGCACUCCGCCUGCCCAAACCAAAACAAAGUUCGGCCCGCUUGCCGACCAAGAUCGCAUCUUCACAAAUUUGUACGGCACUCACGACUGGAGAUUGAAAGGUGCACUCAAACGUGGAGAUUGGUACAAAACAAAGGAAAUGAUAUGUAAAGGAGCCGACUGGAUUAUAAAUGAAAUUAAGGUGUCCGGUCUGCGAGGGAGAGGAGGCGCCGGUUUUCCGUCCGGUAUGAAGUGGUCAUUUAUGGUGAAGCCGGGUGAUGGACGUCCUAAAUAUUUAGUGAUUAAUGCGGACGAAGGUGAACCGGGAACAUGUAAAGAUCGCGAUAUUAUGAGGCACGAUCCGCAUAAACUAGUGGAAGGUUGUUUAUUGGCGGGCAGUGCUAUGGGUGCUAAGGCUGCUUACAUAUAUAUCAGAGGAGAGUUUUACAACGAAGCCUCUAAUAUGCAAGUAGCAAUUGCGGAAGCAUAUCAAGCUGGCCUGCUUGGAAAAAAUGCUUGUGGUUCUGGAUACGAUUUUGAUGUUUUUAUGCACCGAGGUGCCGGUGCUUACAUUUGUGGGGAGGAAACAGCCCUUAUCGAAUCACUCGAAGGUAAGCAAGGCAAACCUCGUCUGAAACCACCAUUUCCCGCAGAUGUGGGAGUAUUCGGCUGUCCCACGACUGUAACCAAUGUUGAAACAGUAGCUGUGGCACCUACAAUAUUAAGAAGGGGAGGAGCAUGGUUUGCGUCAUUUGGGCGUACCCGUAAUUCGGGUACGAAACUAUUCAACAUCUCGGGUCAUAUAGUGAAUCCCUGUACGGUCGAGGAGGAAAUGAGUAUACCUCUUCGAGAACUAAUCGAAAAACAUGCCGGUGGUGUUACUGGCGGAUGGGACAAUUUGCUAGCGAUAAUUCCUGGUGGUUCCUCAACACCGCUUAUCCCCAAAAGUGUUUGCGACGAUGCCAUAAUGGAUUUCGAUGGGCUCGUUGCAUGUCAAACAAGUUUGGGAACGGCAGCUAUCAUUGUCAUGAACAAACAGACAGAUAUUGUAAAGGCGAUUGCUAGGUUGAUUAUGUUUUAUAAGCACGAAUCAUGUGGGCAAUGCACACCGUGCCGUGAAGGAAUUAGUUGGAUGAAUAAAAUGAUGUACAGAUUUGUUGAUGGGAAUGCAAGACCAGAUGAAAUUGACAUGUUAUGGGAACUUAGUAAACAAAUAGAAGGACACACUAUAUGCGCCUUGGGCGAUGGAGCUGCGUGGCCAGUUCAAGGACUUAUAAGACAUUUUAGGCCCGAGCUAGAGAUGAGAAUGGAAAAAUUCCAUCAACAAAACCAACAAAAGAUGUCUAAUUAGGGAAUUGAACAAUGUUUUAUUACAGUUUGUGAAGAUUAAUAGUUCAAUAUACUAUGUAAAUUAAAAUGACGGAUUUUGUUAUGUAUUCGAUUAUAUUGUUUUUUAUUUAAUAGUUGCUUGUAGCAAUUCUAGUGAUCAGUUUUGUCUUUGUAAUAUUUAAGUAUGUUGUAAAUAAAACAUUUGAUCUUUGCUGGCUA